AUGGUGGUGAUCAUGUCCUCCUUGAUUUUCACCCUCGUUUCUUACCUCUUCAUCAUCUACACCAUUCUUCGAAUGCCUUCAACCUCCAGACAGCAGAAGGCUUUUUCUACCUGUGCUUCCCACCUGAUUGUAGUUUUCAUUUUGUACGGCUCUGUCUUUUUCGUCUACCUACGGCCAACAGUCAAGAACUCUUCCUUCAGGGUGAUGAAGGUGGUCUCCAUUGUCUACACGAUGAUCACCCCGGUGCUCAACCCUUUCAUCUACACCAUUAGGAACAACGAAAAGAAGAACAUGAAUUCGACCAACUGUACAAGAACAACUGAAUUUAUCCUUGCUGGACUGCCAAACGUUACAGGGAUGGAAAGGGUGAUGUAUGCCAGUGUCUUUUUGCUUUAUCUCCUGUGUCUGAUGGGCAACGGGCUCCUCAUUAUGAUGGUAAUGGUGGACCGCCAUCUCCAAAAGCCCAUGUAUUUCUUCCUUAGCAACCUUUCUUUCAAAGACAUCGGGCACACCACAACAUUCAUACCCAAGCUGUUGCUCAAUUAUGUCUCUUCUAACAAUUCCAUCUGUUUCUACUGCUGCGUGAUACAGUUGUGCUUCUACUUCUUUUUUGGAGUGACUGAGUUUUUCAUCAUCACUUUGAUCUCCUUGGACAAAUACGUGGCCAUUUGCCAUCGUACGUGGCCUUUGAGACACUCCACUAUCAUGACCUCAUGGGUCUGCCUUAAACUGGCAAUUGCAGCCUGGUUUGGCGGAUUUUUCUCCAUAAUUUUCCAGGUCGUGAUGAUUGCAAACUUGCCCUACUGCACUUCCAACGUUGUCAAUCAUUUCUAUUGCGAUGUCGGACCCGUGCUGAAGAUUGCAGGAGGAGAUACCCGUCUCAUAGAAGCCCUCGGCUUUCUUGUUGCUGUGGUGGUUGUUGUGUCUUCUUUGGUUUUCACCCUCAUUUCCUACCUCUUCAUCAUCUACACCAUUCUUCGAAUGCCUUCAGCCUCCAGUCAGCAGAAGGCCUUUUCGACCUGUGCUUCACACCUGGUGGUGGUCAGCCUUUUGUACGGAUCGGUCUUUUUUGUCUACUUAAGACCAACCACUAACUCUUCCUUCAGUAUGACAAAGUCUGUCGCCAUACUGUAUACUUUUAUCAUCCCUGUGCUCAACCCUUUCAUCUACAGCAUUAGGAACAAUGAAGUGAAGGAUUCUGUACGCAAAAUAGUUUCCUGUGGGAACCAAGGA